GAAUAAUGUUUAUGCAUGUUAUCUGGAUUUUUUGUACUGUAAGCCGGAUUUAGCCUCAGAGAGACUCUAAUCUUUACCAAAUGUCGGUGGAGAGGUCGUUUGAAGCAUGGGAGGAGAUGCAGCGUCAUGGCCAUGAUUUGGCGGAUCGGCUCGCUCAGGGCUUCUCGGGGUUGCUUCAAUCUCACAUAAAUACUCCCUCAUUCUCGUGGCCAAGUUCGCACAAACCGAAGCUCUUUGACGUUGAAUUCCCCUCUCAGAGUUUUGGGAAGAGGGAUUUUGGACUAGUCGCUGAUAACUCUGCUAUCAGUGGGGUUUCGGCGAUCUUUGAUAUUGGAAAUAGAUUAGGCCAAGCUGGGGCCGAGUUUGGGGCUUCCUUGAAUGGAGUCGUGCAUCAGUUUUUUCGAAGGUUGCCCGUGCCAUUUCGGCAAGAUGAGAAUGAGGCAGUAUCUGUCAGGGCAGAUUUGGGUAGCCAAAGAAGAGAAGUUGUUCUGGAUAGGCAAAAGGAGGAGAUUGAAUCACUUGCAGAGCAGUUCAGGGAUUAUGGAUUUGCAGAGAACAACGGUGUGUCGGAUGAAUCACUCGAUGACGAAAGUUUUGUCUUUAAUCUAAAAUCUUCUGGACGCUUUGGAAAACCACAGGCAAGUAUUAAUGUUACAUCGACAUAUGACAGUAGAACCCAUGAUGUUGAAAGUUCUUUAGUUGCAAGGGGUGACCUGUGGAGAGCAGAAGCAUCACAUGGAGGUUCCAGUUCUGGGAAUGAGAAUUCACCUCUCUUCCUUAUUCAACUUGGACCAGUCCUGUUUGUUCGUGAUACAACACUUCUUCUGCCAGUUCACUUAUCAAAGCAGCACUUGCUUUGGUAUGGGUAUGAUCGCAAGAACGGAAUGCAUUCUCUCUGUCCAGCUGUCUGGUCGAAGCAUAGAAGGUGGCUAUUGAUGUCAAUGAUCUGCCUCAACCCAUUGGCUUGUUCCUUCAUGGAUGUGCAGUUUCCAAAUGGGCAACUUACUUACGUUGCUGGUGAGGGGCUAACUACUAGUGCUUUCCUACCUGUUUUUGGUGGUUUGCUUCAAGCUCAAGGUCAAUACCCUGGGGAAAUGAAAUUUAGCUUCUCUUGCAAAAAUAAGUGGGGAACCCGCAUUACACCAAUUGUUCAAUGGCCUGACAAAUCAUUUUCUCUGGGUCUUGCACAAGCCUUAGCCUGGCAGAGAUCCGGUCUCAUGGUGCGACCAACCAUCCAGUUCAGCAUAUGCCCCACAUUUGGUGGAAGCAAUCCCGGUUUGCGAGCAGAACUCAUUCAUUCUGUGAAGGAGAAACUGAGUCUGAUAUUUGGUUGUGCUUGUACAACUCACCCAUCUGCUUUUGCUUCAAUAUCUGUUGGUAAGUCUAAGUGGAAUGGCAAUGUCGGGAGUUCCGGAAUAGUUCUUAGAGUUGAAACCCCUCUUGGAACUAUUGGAAACCCUUCCUUCUCGGUUCAGUUGAACAGUGGUAUUGAAUUUUGAUCUUUUUGCCCUCGCGCUGUGCAGGCAAGUGUAUAUAGUCAUGCUUGUGAUGUAGCAUAUAUGUGAAUAUUGUCAAUGUGUUCCAGAUAACCUUUUAGUUGUUCUAACAUCCAUACUAUCACUGGCUCAAGUUAAUGGUUUGGCAAAACUUGGAAAUAACGUGAACUGCUUUGUUGCUAGAACUGUGAUUGUUUUGCAGAGCCUUUAAUAUCAGAAUCACCCAACAGUGGAGAGGCAUGGAGAUAUCCAACGGUGGCAAUACUUUGAUUGUGGCAUAAUCAUGGCUGGAAUUUUUUGAACUUUAUUAUUAUUUAACAAUUGUAGAGCAUUUUCAAUUAGAGUGAAAAAAUGGCAUAUGCUUGAUUGGGUG